GGUUCGAGAAAUUGUGCGCGGCUUCGUAGCAAACAGUGUAAAUGGAGCUUUGAUAGCGAUCGGAAGGACAAAACUAGCUCUCCGUUGUCCAACGUCCAACGUCAAACGUCAAGUGUUUCUUUCCAAAGACAGUGUGUUGCCAAAAAAAGAAAAACAGAGACUUAAAGCGGUGAAUAUACUAAACAGAUCCCGUGUCGAUCCUACGAUGGCGAAACUAUUUGUGGUUUUCGCCGUUCUGGCUUUGGCGGCCUUUAACGAAGCCAAUGCCAGCGACCCGCUGCUGCGAUACAAGCGACAGGCCACCACCGAGGAGGCCAAGAAGGAGGAGUCCUUCGAGAAGGAGCUCUGCAAGGACAAGGACGCCGGCGAAUGGUUCCGCCUGGUGGCCGGCGAAGGCGACAACUGUCGCGAUGUCAUCCAGUGUACCUCAUCGGGCCUGCAAGCCAUUCGCUGCCCUGCCGGUCUGUACUUCGACAUUGAGAAGCAGACUUGCGACUGGAAGGAGUCGGUGAAGAACUGCAAGUCCAAGAACAAGGAGCGUCGUGUGAAGCCUCUGCUCCACACGGACGAGCCCUUGUGCCAGGAUGGCUUCCUCGCCUGCGGCGAUGGAAACUGCAUUGAGCGCGGUCUCUUCUGCAAUGGUGAUAAGGAUUGCUCAGACGGAUCCGACGAGAACACCUGUGAUAUUGACAACGAUCCCAAUCGCGCCCCGCCCUGCGAUCCCGCCGUGUGCGUCCUGCCUGACUGCUUCUGCUCGGAGGACGGCACUGCCAUUCCCGGCGACCUGCCAGCCAAGGAUGUGCCCAUGAUGAUCACCAUCACCUUCGACGACGCCAUCAACAACAACAACAUUGAGCUGUACAAGGAGAUGUUCAAGAACCGCAAGAACCCCAACGGGUGCGACAUCAAGGCCACCUACUUCAUCUCCCACAAGUACACCAACUACUCGGCGGUGCAGGAGACGGCCCGCAAGGGUCACGAGAUCGCCGUGCACUCGAUCACGCACAACGACGAGGAGCGCUUCUGGUCGAACGCCACCGUCGACGACUGGGCCAAGGAGAUGGCCGGCAUGAGGAUCAUCACCGAGAAGUACGCCAACAUCACGGACAACUCGGUGGUGGGUGUGCGCGCACCCUACUUGCGGGUGGGUGGCAACAACCAGUUCACCAUGAUGGAGGAGCAGGCCUUCCUGUACGAUUCCACCAUCACUGCUCCGCUGUCGAAUCCCCCACUGUGGCCCUACACCAUGUACUUCCGCAUGCCCCACCGCUGCCACGGCAACCUGCAGAGCUGCCCCACGCGCUCCCACGCCGUCUGGGAGAUGGUGAUGAACGAGCUGGAUCGUCGCGAGGAUCCCGCCAAUGACGAGUACCUGCCCGGCUGCGCCAUGGUGGACUCCUGCUCGAACAUCCUGACCGGUGACCAGUUCUACAACUUCCUGAACCACAACUUCGACCGCCACUACGACCAGAACCGUGCCCCCCUGGGCCUGUACUUCCACGCCGCCUGGCUGAAGAACAACCCCGAGUUCCUCGACGCCUUCCUGUACUGGAUCGACGAGAUCCUGGCCAACCACAACGACGUCUACUUCGUGACCAUGACGCAGGUGAUCCAGUGGAUGCAGAACCCGCGCACCAUCAGCGAGGUGAAGAACUUCGAGCCCUGGAGGGAGAAGUGCGUGGUCGAGGGCAAGCCCGCCUGCUGGGUGCCCAACACCUGCAAGCUCACCUCCAAGGAGGUUCCCGGGGAGACCAUCAACCUGCAGACCUGCGUGCGGUGCCCCAAUAACUACCCAUGGGUCAACGAUCCCACUGGCGAUGGUUUCUUCUAAGUCAGCGGUUAGCCCCCACCCAAGCGCACACCCAAUCCCUCAGCCCCAGCCCCAGCCCCCAGUCUCAGUCUCAGUCUCAGCCACACCUCUCACCAAACUGCCAGGUCUAAUCCAACACAACCAAUCGAUCGAUCGACUAUCGAUCCGCAAAUCUGAAUUUUCUGCAAGACUUGGACGAGUAUACUUUUUUUGACUGACUUCGGGACGCCAGGAUAUGACCACCGUCCCUUCGGCAAGUCCUUGCUGUGUUACGGCUACGUUAAUUUACAACAUGAAAAUUCGAAAAGAAACCCACAGAAGAUUUUCAAAACUGCAAGCCACAACAUCCACACUUGUGUUUACGCUCUUUUUGUAGUUUUACGUUAACUUGUAUGUGUAUAUUUAAAUGAUAAAAACGAAAAAAUA